AUGAAUAAGUCGUCUGUCCUCUUAGUAUCGUCUGUUUUUGCCGUGUCUGCAUGCACACUAUUUUACCUCUCUAAGCUAUUGAGAAAACCGCAUGUUAAGAAAGACAUACAGAAGACAGCGCCUCAUUCCACUAUAGGCGAUACAUAUUUGAAGACAGUUAAUGAAUUUGACAAAGAAAACUUAUCAAUUGAGUUUGCUAACUGCAUCUGUUCAAUGGUUAAAGUCUCUGACUAUGAUACACGGCAGCAGCUCAUCAUGUAUCUGCAUCAAGCUUCAUCAUUCUGCCACAAUUUCAGUGUUAUUAGGGAUUCUAAGUGCUUGGAAACUCUGCUUUCACUACUGGAUUCUUCAACAAGUAUGGCACCAGCAUGUAGACAAAACUUGAGUAUCCUCCAGGUGACAACAAACCUGGCAUGUGAUCAACGAAGUCUCCCUAUAAUAAUGGACUACUUAGAUGAUAUUUUCUCCAUAGCUGAUACAAGAGAAUAUAGUGACCAAGCAUGCGCUGCUCUACAGGUACUGGCUAAUAUCGCCCUCACUCCCACCGGAUGCAAUUUGUUAAUUAAUGAUUGUGGUCGUUUAUACAAAAUGCUUGGAGUGCGCGAACCUUACCUACUCAGAAACUUGCUGGCAGUUUUAGUGAAUUUGUCAUGCGAUGUCAACUGUUGUGAUAAACUACUUUCACAGAAUGGGGAAGAUUUCGUACGUAUUCUGGAGUAUUCAUUAUCGUUAGAUGUCCCUUUAUUAAUAUCCAUGAAAAUGACGACUUUUCUCAAUAACUUAUACUCAAGAAUUAUGAAAGAUCAGGAGAGGUAUUGGAAUGAAUCCGAGUCUGCAGUUAUUACAAAGACUGUCGCUAUCUCACUAAAGGAGAAUCGCGAUCUCAUUCAAUCAUGGGCUCAAUGCUUACUACCGUUCUCUGAAGAUUCGAAUGAAUUCAAUGCUCACUUACAAAAACUUUUGUCUUUUUUAACUGAUAUUAAAACUUUCAAUGUGUAG